AUGGCAGAAUUUGGUAGCUCCGAAAAGGAUGUAGAACUGGACACUGAAGUCGAGCUGGGAAGCAUAUUCGAGGCUGCAAAGGGGAAAAUUCUAUCUGUGAAUUUACACGCCGAAGACGAAGAUCGGAAUAAAGGUGGUGGUAUUAGGCUGUUUGGUCGAGUGUUUGAGGUGACGGGCUCGUCACUGAGAAGUCCGUCUAUAGAUCACGGAGUGCCACUCAUCGAGGCAGGACACAAAAAUUGUCGGUCAGGUAAAGAUCGUAUCAUUGGCGGUUUUAGGGCAGUGAACAUUGUAGAUCGCGUGCUUGUCAGGGCCAGGGAAACGGGAAUAUAUAUCCAGAGGAUAACGCCAUCAAAAGGUACUCUGAUUGAGUUAGAAGUCGCCGCAGUUCCCUUCAACUGGUCCAACUGUGACGAGGAGGAAAUCAAACGACAAUUAGGGCAAUUGGAAAACCACACCGAGGUCCCCAAAUUCCUUUCUGCCCUUUCUGAUCUGGCACUUGGAGCAAAAUGGAAUGCUGUGAUAGGCCUAAACAAGACAGGAAGAAAAAUAAUAGAGGAAAUUCCCGUACGGAUUGGGAGCCACCGUAAUGGUGGUUUGCACGCCGGUAAUUUCGUUAUUCGGGGCUGGGCAGAUAUUCAACACUUGAUCUUUCGUUCGCUUGCCGGUUCCGAAAAUGUUUGGAUGAACGUAGAACCGGACCUCCUACACCAAGCUCCUCAGGGAGCUGAACUGCAGAUGGAGCGGUUGCCGGUUCGGCAGAGCAGAGUAGGAAACACGAAGAUCGAAUUUGGUUUGCCUCGUGAAAAAUUGCAGUUCAAGAACGUGGAAUGGCAUGGUAGCGUAUCAGUCACUGCCGGAUCCAUUUCUGAACUCGUGCAUGUGUACAUUACUGAUCGGGGAGAAUGCGCCAUGGGUCACGUCGUGUGUUCGUGUCGGCUGACUUUUGAGAACGAAACAUAUCAAAUCAUCCAAGGAUGGGCGGCAUCCUAUGUUCAAGAAACUGAAUUUCGUAUGGGUGGGAGGGUAAACUUGACACGAUUUGCUCGCGAAUUUUUGGAAGAAGCAAAAGACACGAUGGUCUACAUGUCUCUCUACAAGACUUUGCCGGUUAGGAGCCUACGAGUCACUGGAUCGAGGCCUCAAAUUUUCUCAUCGAAUGCUGCUGAGGAAGCAUCAAGUGUCAAGAGUUUCCCAGUGCUCCCCCUAGACAGAAGCUUGUCUCCGAAGAUCGGGAUGGGAUAUGAGGUGCGGAAGACAGCACGAGCGGCGAUAAAUGUGUGGUUCAUUGCCUCUGCCGCCGGCUACGCCAUGCUUUUGAUGUUUUUUCUUUUACUUUGCCUCUUUCUUAGAAACGAACUAGACAUCAACGUCGUCACUUCGUUGGUGCGCACACAGAACGAGCUCCUCCAAGCGCCCAUAGAUUGCAAGUUGGCAAGCCGACGCCCUCUGGAUAUCGGAAUAUUUGAGCCAGAAUGGUCGAACGGGGAACUCCACCUAGGAACACUUGGGGAAAAUGACAAGCCUGUCCAAGCACCUGACUUAAGCUUGGUUCACUCGAUGCCACGCUUAAGGAGGGGGCAAUCAAAGUCUGUUUAUACGGUCUAGCUAGUUUCGCCAUCCUCAUCUCAAUGCGUCUUGUAAAUGUAUGUGAAUGGUGCACAUGGUGUG